AUGGCGACUCUGGCGGAGAAGCUUGAGAAGAUCAAGUCUCCCAAGCUGCAGAACCAGCACCAUACUGCCGUGGUGCUAUCUGCAGUGGAGGAUACUCUUCGCGAUCAAAAGGCCGACUUUUCUGCGACCGCAUACUUUGCUGCGCUUCUUGCGCUCCUCUCCCAGUCCCUGUCCGCCGAGCAGGGCAUCGUCAACAAGGAUCUAGCGACCUCCGUCGUCUACCUGCUCGAUAUCACCACCAGCUACGUGCCCGCUCCGAUUCUUCGCUCAAAAUUCUCCCAAAUCCUCACCAGCCUCGCGCCGGCCCUCUCUCUCCCCGAAGUCGAAGCCCCCCUUCUGCGCCCAUCAAUUGGCUGCCUUGAGUCGCUCCUCAUUGCCCAAGAUGCUGCUGCUUGGAAUCUGCCUCACACUCAGAUUGGCCCCCGCCGUGCGACGGCCGGCCUACUGAGCCUUUCGGUCGACCACCGACCCAAGGUUCGGAAGCGCGCACAGGAAGCGCUCAUCAAGGUUCUCAAGACGCCUCCCCCGAGUCCCUCGCUCGACCACCCGGCCGCAGAUAUGUGCGCUGAGUCUGCCAUGAAGACUCUUGGUGAUAGCAUCCAGGCCGCUUCCAAGCAAAAGAAGGGCCGACACGACGCUAACCGCGACAGCCACGAGCCCCUCAUCAUUCACUCCCUGCAGCUUGUCAAGACCAUUGCUACCGCAUCGGGCGGCUGGCCUAGCAAGAAGAUCGAGGCUCUCUGCGAACUGCUCAUGAACGCCUCCCGCUCCACCAACGAAUACAUUACCAUGGGUGCGUUCGAGGUCUUCGAGGUCAUUUUCGAAGGCAUGGCCGACGAGUUCUCGUCUUCCAAGCUUCCUCGUCUGUUGGACGCUAUCUCCGAGCUCAAGCCUGCACAGAACGACUCUCAGCUUCUUCCUCCUUGGAUCGCUGUCCUGUCUCGUGGCUACGAUGUUUCUGCUCAGAUCAACCCCGAGGAUACCUUUGAGAAGCUCCCCGACCUGUUCCAGCUCAUUUCUGGAUUCUUGGCCUCCCCUUCGCACAACAUUCGCGUCUCGGCUUCCGAGUGCUUGAUCUCAUUCCUACACAACUGCAUCCCUGAAAAUGUUAUCUUGGAUGCUUCCGUCUAUGAUGAGAAGACUCUGGAGAAGCUCGCCCGAUUGGCUGCUGACCUCCUCUCUGUGAAGUACCAGGCUGCUUGGCAAGAGGUGUUCAACGUUUGCUCCGCCAUGUUUGACUGCUUCAAGUGGCGCUCAAGCCCCUUCCUCGUUGAUAUUGUCACCACUAUCGGCGAGCUACGCAGCAACGAGGCCUUCCACGGCAAGAAGGAGGCUGACAGCGUUCUCGGCAGCGCCAUUGAGGCUAUGGGCCCCGAGGCUGUUCUCGAGCUCCUUCCGCUUAACAUUAUCCAACAGAAGAACGGCCAACCCGGUCGUGUUUGGAUGCUGCCUAUCCUCCGUGAUAACGUCACCAACACCAACCUGGCCCACUUCCGCUCGGAAAUGGUGCCUCUUAGCGAGGCCCUUUACCAGAAGAUGAUGGACUACAAGUCCGCCGAGAAGCCUGUGGAGACGAAGAUCUUCGAGACCCUGGUUCAGCAGACCUGGGGCAUUCUUCCCGGAUACUGUGAGCUGCCACUUGAUCUUACAGAGGCUUUCGACCAGACUUUCGCGGAGCUUUUGUCCAAUGUCCUUUACAAGCAGACUGAGCUGCGCGUCGAGAUUUGCCGGGCCCUCCAGAACCUCGUCGAGUCAAACCAGGCCAUUCUGUCUGUGGAGAAGGAUGAGGAUGACUUGAUCUUGCAGCGACGUAUCACCAAGGUGGCUGCCACGAAGAACAUUGCCCAUCUGGCUGGCUUUGCCAGCAACUUGCUGGCCGUGCUGUUCAACGUCUACAGUCAGACCCUCCCUCACCACCGUGGCUAUAUCCUGCAGUGCAUUAAUGCCUAUCUGAGCAUCACUCCCGAGAAGGAGCUCAACGAGACCUUCACUCGUGUUACCACGAUGCUUGAGUCCUCUCUGAUUGAGGAGCAGAAUGCGCCCGCCAAGCAAGCCUCAUCUGACAAGAUGCCGCCCACUUCUCACACCUUGAUCGACCUGGUUAUUGCCAUGUCUAUCUACCUGCCUCGCUCCAGCUUCAGCGGAUUGUUCGCUAUGGCUGCGGCAAUUCUCAACAGCUCCUCCCCCAACCCCGACCAGCAGCUCAUCAAGAAGGCUUACAAGCUGAUCCCUCGCCUUGCCUCCACCGAGACCGGCCGUGCCGCUUUGGAGGAGCGCAGCGGUGAGCUGCAGGCUCUUAUGCUUGCUACUUCUGACAAGACCCCUGCGUCUGGUCGCCGAGACCGUAUGCUUGCUAUCGACGAGCUGGUCACGAACCUGCCCACAUCCGACCUGCAUUUCAUUCCCUCAAUUCUGUCAGAGGUUGUCCUCGGCUGCAAGGAGAGCAAUGAGAAGGCCCGUACUGCUGCGUUUGACCUGCUGAUUCAUCUUGCUCGCCGCACCAUCGAUUCUGAGCGCAACCCAGCUGGCACCGUGAUCCGCAACUCCCUGGUGCCUCACAUGCCCGAUGACUCGCCCGAUGCCCCAGCCACUAUCGAGGAGUUCUUCACUAUGGUUUCCGCCGGUCUGGCUGGUUCAUCGCCUCACAUGGUCGCUGCGUCAGUCACUGCCUUGUCACGUCUCUUCUUCGAGUUCUACAAGGACCUGCGUUCUGAGAUUCUCUCGGAUCUUGUUCAGACUGUCGAGCUCUUCCUCACUAGCAACAACCGCGAGAUUGUCCGGUCUGUCCUUGGAUUCGUCAAGGUCGCCGUUGUCAUUCUUCCCGAUGAUGCCUUGCGCCCCCGCUUGUCUGCCCUUGUCCCCAACCUCAUGGCUUGGAACAAGGAGCACAAGGGUCGUCUGCGCAGCAAGGUGAAGGGUAUCAUUGACCGUCUGGUUCGCCGCUUCGGUGCUCCCCUCAUGGAGAACCUCGUUGGCGAGGAGGACCGCAAGCUUGUCGUGAACAUUCGCAAGCAGCGUGAGCGUAACAAGCGCAAGAAGAAGGAGGGUGCUGCCGAGGACGAUGAAGAGGAGGAUGACGACAAGGCUCAGGGCCAGCAGUCUAGCAACGCCUUUGACAAGGCUGUGUACGGCUCUGACUUCUCCGACUCUGACGAUGACGAUGAUGACGCCAGCGUUAUUGACGUUGAUACCGAAGGACAGGCUCGCAUCAAGGGCCGCGGUGCUGGUGGUAAGAAGAAGUCUGCUCAGGGUAACCAGUACAUCCGCGAGAUGUCUCCCGAAGAUAACCCGCUGGAUCUGCUCGCUCCCGAUGCCUUGGCCAACAUCUCCACUACCAAGCCCAGCUUGCGCUUCCUGAACACCGGCCCCGGCUCCAAGAAGAAGCAUGCUGCCAAAUUCGACGCCGAUGGUCGUCUUCUCCUUGGCGAUGACCAGACUGCGGACGCUGAAAUGAGCGGUACUGCCGAGGGUGGUAGCGGCAUCAAUGCCUACCUUGCUGCUGUCAGUGGCCCCGAUGCUGUCCGCCGAGGCCAGAAGGGCAAGGUCAAGAUGGGUCAGGCCAAGAAGCGCGGCGGUGACGAUAUGGAUGUGGACGAUGAGGACGAUGCUGCUGCUAUCGGCCAAGAUCUCCGAUCCAAGGCCCAAGCUCAGGGUCGUCGCGGCCUCGGUGCCCCCAAGACGCCCGGUGCUUCCGGUGCUGGUCGCAUCGACAAGCGCCGUAACCCUGGCGGUAUGACUGGCCGGGGUGGUCCCCGUCCUGGUCGUGGCGGUGGCCCCGGUCGUGGUGGUUUCUCUUCCCGUGGUGCUGGCCGUGGUGCUGGCCGUGGUGCUGGCCGUGGCGCUGGCCGUGGUGCUGGCCGUGGUCGUGGCGGAGGUGGCCGAUGGUAA